AAUUUUGUCGCGCGCGGUUGCUAGUGUCAUCACAGAUCCUUUCGUGGUUUCUAGUUCAAAAAUUUUCGGGCUUGGCGUCGUGACAUAGAUAAUUAUGUUAUAGUGGUUGUCGAUUGAGAGCAGCAGUGGUUGAAUGAGCCAAAAUUCGAUUGGGGGAUGUCACUUUUCGUGAUCGGUUGUUAUUGCUAGCUUCGGUGUCAAUGUGUCUGAUCGCGUUUGACAUAUCAGUACAAUGUUUUCAGGAACUCGCAUAUUUAUUGUGCCUACAGGUAUUGGAGGCCCGCGGGUGAAACUCUACAAGAGCAAAGUGGCUGAGCACGGGGCCACAGUUGUGGGCGACGAAAAAUUGGCCACGCACAUUGUCGUGGCGGAGUCGUUUGACGGAGACCGUAUUUCUAAAAUAUUGGACACAGAAAACUUGCCUAUAUCCGUGAAAAUCGUGAAGUGCACGUGGCUAAGCGAGUGCUUGAAAAAUAGCUCAUUGAUCCAAACAACAACGUACGAACUGCCCUGGAAGCCGUCGCCGAGUGCUUCCACAACGUGCAGCGACAAUAAUAUUGCCCCUUCUAAGCGGGCGAAACUUUUACUUGAACAUGCAGAUUGCAUAGAUCAGCCUGGUGUGUCUCGGGUCGCCGAAUCCUCAAUACUGCAGAAAGCUGUGGCUUCGGACAAGUGGGUGUGCGCAGUUGCCUCCACAGACGUGCCUGUGAACAAGAAUGCUCACAUAACAGACCAAUUGGAGGCCAUGGUUGAAACUUAUCAAAGCACUAAGGACCACUGGAGAGCACUAGGUUAUGAAAAAGCCAUCAUGCAGCUAAAACGGCAUCCUACCGAGAUCACAACAUGGGAGGAAGCGAGGGCCCUGCCUAACAUAGGGAAAAGGCUGGCAGACAAGAUAUGGGAGAUUGUUCAGCAGGGCAGGCUCCAAAAGCUGGAGGAAUUCCAAAGCCAGGAGAAUCUUGUUGCACAGAACUUGUUCACAAAAAUCUGGGGCGCUGGGCCAUCAACAGCACAAAAGUGGGUCCAGCAGGGUUUUCGUUCACUGGAAGAACUUGCCGCCAAGGGAAAUCUGAGCAGCCAGCAGAAAAUUGGGCUCAAGCACUUCCAUGACUUCCUUGAGAAGAUGCCAUCUGCAGAAGCAGGGUUGAUUGCAGACACAGUGAAGAAAGCAGCCCUCUCCAUCCAGCCUGCACUCGAGGUGAUACCGUGUGGCUCCUAUCGCAGAGGCCGAGCCAUGUGUGGUGAUGUUGAUGUCCUGAUCACACACCCUGACGGCAAGUCUCAUGAGGGUGUUCUCUGCAAGAUACUACAGAUCCUUCAUGAAAACAACUUUCUAACUGACGACCUUGCUGUACCACAUGAUGGUGGCAGUCCCAGGAAGUACAUGGGUGUUUGCAAGCUACCAGAAGAAGGCAGUAAGCACCGUCGAUUGGACAUCUUUGUGGUGCCCCAGGAGGAAUUUGCCUGCUCUCUGCUCGCCUUCACUGGCUCUGCCCAUUUCAAUCGUUCUAUGCGUCUUCUGGCACGUCGCAAGGGCAUGUCUCUUAAUGACCACGGCCUUUAUGCAGAUGUAUGCAGAACGGGGGAAGAAAAGAUAGGUCACGGAAAGCGGCUUCCCACGCCAACAGAGGAAUCUAUUUUUGAACACCUUGGACUUGAAUAUCGACCUCCUGAAGAACGAGACCAUUAGAUGUACAGUUUAUGUAGUCUUGAGUUUAUAAUUUGUCGUGGUUAAACAUU